AUACAUGUCUAUGACAUUGGACCAAUCAGAAGGCUUGUUCGACUUCAUGCGGCGCCGCAAGAACUGUGUUUAGCGCAUGAUGUAAAACUACCGCGAGAGCCGAGUCGAAUUUAGACGUCUCCGUGUGAUUUUCCGAAUGGCUCUCGCGGUACUUUGACGUCAUCAGUGUGUCGGUUCUUGUGGCGAUACAUGAAGUCGAACAAGCCUAGUUUGUUGUGAUGACGCCGAGGCGAGAACUCUGACAGGAUUUCACAACCCGGCGGGGUUUAUUUAACCAUUAACACACCGGCGGCGUUUAAGUUGGCUCAGAUACUUGAUACUUUACGAAACGUAGUAGAUAAAAUAUAAAGAUAUUCACUCAACAUCCUAAGUUACAGAAUGUCUAUCCAGGCCUUUUCUUACCCUGUACCUGAGACCAGAUUUUUUCAGGCUGGACAACAUGUCUACAAAUGUAGGAUAAGAAAAGGCGAGAGGAGCAGUAUGGACAUUGUGUUUUACAGUAACUGUGAAGAAUGCAUGCUGGAUGAAGAGUUAGUCAAUGAGGAGCUGGAGGAUGCUGUGCGUGUAGUGCUUGCAAACCUGGAUGGGCUUCACCCCUUCACUACCCAGCAUUUCAACAUUUUUCCAUAUAAGAGUAAAUGGGAACAAGUGUCCAAACUGAGAUUCAUGAGGGAAGGUGUAAAACUGUCUGCAUACCCCUUCCUCAUCACACUGUACGUGGAGUGUCGUGAACCAACCGGUCGUUCAGUGUUAAAUACCAGUGUCUGUAACCUACCGGAAAGAGAGACUAUUUUACUUGCUGGUGACACACUGGUAAAAGACCAAACCACUGCAGUUGCACAUCCAGAAGAGGGCGUUAUGAGCCAGGGCAACCAACAUAAACCAUCUUUAGAGAAUCUUCAGGAGUCCCAUUGCUUGGCUGAUGGUGCAGAAGGGAUGGUUUGUGGCAGUGAGAUUCAUGCUGAAUCAGAUGAUGCUGUCCCUGAAACUUCUAACCCAGAAUCAGUUACUGGACAGAACACGGGGAUCAUUACUAAACUAGCAAGCUCCCUGUUUCCUUUUUCUAUGUUCUUUCACAAGAGUUCCGCAAAAUAACAUUUCAAUCCGACAUUCCUUGACACUUGUAGGACUGUUUUUGUUGGAGAAAUUCUGUUUUAGUUUGAAAUGUCUUAAAAGUCUGAAUUGCAGUUGUUUAUAAUUGCAGUUGUUUGUAAUGUACUGUAUGUUUAGCUUUUGUUCAGAAUGUAGAAAUUGCUAUUCUAAUGUUCAUUAUGUGCAGUGUGUUUCAAAUACAUAUUGUAUUUUUAACAAUU